AUGCGCAGAAAGGAUGGGUUUAUGCGCAGCGGGGCCGGGCCGGGGCUGGCUGCAGCCCGAGGCGGUGCCAGGCACCGGCAGCACUGCAGCCCCCAGGGGCGCUGCGCGGAGCGGGCGGAGCGCGGGAGGGAGGGGCGGGGAGGGGCUGGCCGCGGGGGCGGGAGCGGGUGGGGCGCGAGGCGCUCCGCAGCCAAUGGGAGGCUGCGCUCGGCCCUUGACCAAUCAGCGCGGGGGGCGUGGUCGGCGGCCCCGUUGGAGAGUGCUGCGGAGGAAGCAGCCGGAGAGGGGCGCUGGGAGCUGGCAGCGGAGCGGGACCGGAGCGGCUGCGAGCGCAGAGCCGGGGCAGGGCGAAGCUCGGAGCCUCUCAGCCCCACAGCCGCCAGUGAGGCAGGGGAGCAAAGCAGGAGCCUGCAGCACCGAGAGGCGGCGGCGAGCGAGGCUCUUGAGACGCCUGGCAGCGGCUCCGGGGGCAGAGCCGGCCCGGCCCAGGCGAGCCUCGCCACGGCCCUCGGCGGCUGCCGUCCGACUCCGUCCCGCCGGCGGGAGCCGCCCCGAGCCCUGCAGGCGUCCGGCCGCGGUGCUCGGCGACGGUGGCUGCCGGUGGAGCCCAGCGGCAGCGAGACGCCAGCGGCGGCAGCCUGCAUCGCCUCUGCUUCUCCCAGCCGGCAGAGGGUCCAAGGUGAACGUUGCAGGCUGAGCAGCACAGCCCAGGAGCAAGCCAGGAGCACUGCAGCCCUUCAUAAAGACCUGCAAGCUGCUGCCUCGUGCCUGUGGAUGCCUUGGCCAGAAGGUGCAGCUCCAUACUGCAGCGAGCAGACCUCCCAAGAUGAACGUCCAGGACUCAGAAGGGACUCACUGCCACUGCCCAGAGCCGGAGGACCUGGCCUCGAUGGCAAGCUGCAGGGAGGCAUUCCUGGCUGGAGCGUGGCAAAGAGAGUUGGCCGUGGGCAGGCACAAGGGCUCUGGUUUCCUUCUCUCUCUCCCCUUGAGCUCACUCUGUCUCAGAGCAGGGCAGUACCCAGCGCCAAGGCAGAUGUUCACCCCCAGGAGGUCAGCCAGAGCUCACCUUGCCAUCCCCACCUGUGCUGGAGACUGUUCUCAGCGUAGCUGCACUCAGCGGAGUAGCCUUCCCCAUCGGGAGCCUUCCAGCCCAUGGCACACUCCUGCUGCUGCGUGUCUGAGGGGCAGCCAGCACUGAGCACACCUUGCACUCACCCACAGCUGAAGGCCUUCAUCUCCAGAAGGUCUCCAUCCCAGCCCUCUAAGCCAGCCUGGAGGCACUGACCCAAGGCCAGCAGCCUGUGCUUACUCUCCAGCACGUGGGGCUUUUGCACUGGCCACAGAUCACUGCCUCUCAGGAGCUCACUUCUUCCUCCAGCUGUACAGGGCUGCUGAGAGGCUCUCUGCCAGCUGCAGGCACUCUGCAACCAGGGCCACAGCCACCUUU